ACGUUCUGGAGCUUUUUGUUGGUAAAACAUUUGAAAAUUGGGAUCAAGUAGAAAAAUUUAUGAAAAAAUAUGCAGCUAUUAAAGGUCAUGGAGUAUGGAUUGGUGGUGGAGGAAGAAUUAAUACAGCAACUCACCAAAUAUUAAAACGAUCAUAUUUAUGUCGCCAUGCUGGCAAGCCUCCAAAAAACAUGCAACCAAAUGGAACGUCUUGUCGAGUAGGAUGCCCUUGGAAAGUUAAUAUUUGGACAAAAAAAGAUAAAAAUUGUCUUGAAGUUACAACCAUGAAUGAUCAACAUGUUGGUCAUGAACUUCAACCAUUAGCAAGUCGUUUUGAUCCGACAUUACGGAAAUUAUCAAAAGAAAUUGUUGAAGAAAUUCGUUUUUUAACGGUUGUUGCUAAGGCAGAUGCAACAAUGCAAUAUCGAAUAAUCCCAUUUACUAAUGAUUAUUUUACUGCCGGUGUACAAUCAACCUUCCGUAAUGAAGGAGAGAACUCAACAUUAAAACGUCUGUUUGGGGCUUCAAAUCUUUCAUUGUGUGAGUUGUUUGAUGUUUUAAAAGAACGAUAUCAAGAAGAGAAUGACUAUUGCGAAUUUAUAAAUUGGAAACAAACUACACCGCAAAUAGGGCCAAAAAAUAUAGCAAAGUCUAUUUUUGAACCCAUUGUACAACAACUUAAUGAGUUUGUGAUGCCUAAUAUAAUGAAAAAGCAGGAGGAGCAAAUGAAUUUAAGCCUUCAUUACCAUGCCAUAGAAAUUGAUUUUAAAAUUGCACUUUCCGACGAAAAGAAAGUUAAUGAAUCAGAUCAAUGUAUUGAUAACUUAUUUGACUGUCCGCAAGUGCAUUUGAGCUCAUUUUUAAAUGAUUUUUCAAAAGUUCUUGAAGUCUGGAAAGUCUUAAGCUUAACAAAUACUGGCAUUUCCCAUUUUGUAUAUUGUUUGGACGAUGAUUCCAUAUUGGCUUGGCGAAUAAACGUUAUACAACAAGGGGCCAAUUUAUCAAAUAAUGAAUUCAUAGUAGUUUCUUUAGAUGCAUUAGCAUCAACGUCAAAAACACAUCCUUUGCCAACACAAUUUUAUGAAUCUGAUAUUAAUAGAUUUGAAGAGUCGACUGUUUUGGGACAAUCGCAUGAUGAAAUAUCUAAAGCUAUUUCAAAGAAACAUAAAUUCGGUGAACUUUGGGGAUUAGGGAAAAAAAUAAUGGUAGACGCAAUUGAAGAUAACAACGACGAUAUUUAUCAUGAACUUCUUAGGUUUUUUUCAUCAAUCAAAAAAAGAAUGAUUAAAAGUAGUGAUAUCGAUAAUAAUUUUAACUAUAGUAUUGGUGAUUGUGAUGACGUAAUUGUCCAAAAUCCUAUUGAUAAAAGGCCGAAAGGUCGUCCUAAAUCAGAUUCAAAAAGAAUUAAGAGUGCCAUAGAAAAGACAACUCAAUAUAGAUGCAGAACGUGCAAACAAAAGGGUCAUAAUAGCAAAACCUGUAAAGGAAAAAGACCGUCUGACUUUAGUGUUAGCCAGGAUGAUGAAACUGAAAGUAAGUUAAGUGAAGAUAAUGAUGACGAAGAAUCAUCAACAUCUGAUACAAGCCACGAGGACGAGGAUACAAUAGAAUCAGGAUUAAAUGAUGUUAUUGUGUUGGUUUCGCCACCCAUACAACAAACUGACUUUAAAAAUCAUAGAAACACGCAAAGACAAUGUAGUAUUUGCUGUCACAAAGGCCAUAAUGCCCGAACUUGUCCAAAUAAAGGGAGUUAG